AGAGAGAGAGAGAGAGAGAGAGAGAGAGAGAGAGGUGGAGGGUUCUGCCCUUGUACUAAAAUAUAAAAGCUUCUCUGAUCAUUUCAACCACAACGAUGAAUGUUCCUUGCUCUCGUUGUGGCUGCAACGUGUAUCCCGCGGAGAAAUUAGUUUGUAUCGAUCAGACAUGGCACAAGUCUUGCUUUCACUGCGAAGUCUGCAGAAUGAUCCUAACAGUCAACAAUUUUGUCAGUCACCAGAAAAAGCCCUAUUGCCAGGCGCACAACCCAAAAAACAACAAAUUCACCAGCGUCUUGGAGACACCUAUGAAUCUGAACGUCAAAAAACAAACCGAGUCCAGUGAGAUUAAGUACCGUGAGGAAGGAGAAAAAUUCAAAUCAGUUUUCCACUGCAGUCUGAAGUCACGGGAACUGCAACAUGCCAGUCAUGUUCGGAAACUUUCAAGUAAGGUGGACUAUACGAAAGAUUGGGAUGAAGCAAAAGAAACCUAUCACCUCCCAUCAGACAUGCCUUCGAUCCUUCAUGCAAAGAAAAAUACUGAACUUUACAGUAAGAAAGCUUACCAUGCUGCGUAUGAAGAAGAGAAAGGCUGGUAUUCCUCUUGUGCUACAAAUCCAGAAAUGAUUCGAGUCGCACAAGCACAAAAAGCUAUCAGUGAUGCGGAUUAUAAACAUGGACACGAAGAGCGAAUUUCUCACUACACGUCCAUAGCGGAUACUCCAGAGUUACUCCGUGCUAAAGCAGGAGGGAGGUUGGCCAGUAAUAUCAAAUACCAUGAAGAAUAUGAGAAGCACAUGAAAGGGAAAUGGAGCCAAGCCGCAGGGGCUGAAGUUGCAAUGGCAAAAGAGAACGGAGACAAGUGUAGUCAGCUGAAGUACACUGAAGAGUAUGAGGCCAUGAGAGGCAAGGGAAGUUUCCCAGCUAUGAUCACUCCAGCGUACUGUACCGCUAAGAAAGCUAAUGAACUUGCUAGCGAUCUACAUUACAAGAAAGAUUUUCAAAAGAUGAAGGGAGCAGCCCAUUACCACACGCUGACAGCUGAAGAAAACUUGGUGAUGAAGCGAGCCCAAGACGUCAACAAGCUCUUCAGUGAGAAAAAGUACAAGAAAGACUUGGAAGCUUCGAAGGGUUACAGUGUUAACUACUGUGAGACGCCUCAGUUCAAGAAUGAUGCUAAGUUAUCUAAGUUCACCAGUGAUCUCAAGUACAAAGAGGCGUACCAAAACCAAAUGAGAGGCCACUAUGAAGGGGUUGGAAUGGAUAGACGCACAUUGCACUGCAUGAAAGCUGGAAGCCUGGCAAGUAACCUGAAGUACAAAGCCAACUCCGAGAAUGACAAAUCACUCUGCUAUUAUCCGGCUGAUGUUACGCCUUCGUACAGGGCGCAGAAGAAGCUCAUCCCGUUGAAAGAUGUAUAUUACAGGCAGCGUGCGGAGAAGCUGAAAUUCACAUCAGUGGCAAACACUCCAGAGCUGGUGCGAGCAAGAAUAAAUGCCCAACAGCUGAGCAAUCUGAAUUAUCGGGCAGAUUAUGAAAAGACAAAAACCCAGUUCACACUGCCUGUCGAUGUGCCCCAACUGGUUAAAGCCAAGGCCAACGCUGAUCUGUUCAGUAAUAUCAAGUACAAAGAAUUCUGGGAAAAGAACAAGGGCAAAGGGUUUGAGAUGAAGCUGGAUUCAAUAGCUCUUCUGGCUGCCAAAGCCUCUGGGGAUCUGGCAAGCGAUAUAAAAUACAGAGAAGCUUACGAGAAAACCAAGGACAAAGCAGUGGGAAGCAAAGAGUAUGAUUCGAAGACCCUACAUUCUCUGCAGGUUUCCAAAAUGAGCAGCGAGAGAGAAUACAAGAGAGACUUCGAACAGACAAAGACCAAAUUCCACCUCCCGAUGGACAUGGUGAAUCUGACACAUGCUAAGAAGGCUCAGGCUUUGGCCAGUGACUUGGAUUACAGGACGAAGCUUCAUGAGUAUACGCUGUUGGCAGGGGACAUGAAAGUGGAAUGGGCAAAGAAAGCCUACGGGCUCCUGAGUGAGAAUAAGUACCGGGCAGAUCUGACCUGGAUGAAGGGAGUAGGAUGGGAAGCAGAGAGGAGUCUGAACGUGGAACAGGCAAAGAAAGCGGGAGAUAUUCUAAGUGAGAGAAAGUACAGACAGAAAGUUGACGCGAUAAAAUUCACAAGUGUGGCAGACGCCCCACAGAUGCUUCAUGCCAAGAAGAGCCAGGACUUGCAAAGUGAUCUUAUGUACAAGGCAAACAAUGAGAGGACGAUCCAUCAGUACAGCAUCAGCAAAGAAGAACCACUGUUCACACGAGCAAAGGCCAACGCUCAGUAUCUGAGUGACAAAAUCUACAAAAGCAGUUGGGAUGCUCAGAAAGAAAAAAGCUUUGAACUGCGACUGGAUUCAUUGGCACUACUGGAAGCAAAAGCCAAACAAGACCUUGCCAGUGACAUCAAGUACAGAGAGGAGUAUGAAAAGACAAAGGGCAAAUUGAUUGGGGUACAGGAUGUAAAGGGUGACACUCAGAUGGCACAUUCGAUCCAAGCCUCCAAGCUGCAGAGUGACCUGGAGUACAGAAAGGACUUUGAGGCUACGAAAACCAAGUUCCACCUGCCGUUGGAUAUGCUGCAGAUGAUCCAUGCAAAGAGAGCCCAGAGCAUGGCCAGUGACAUGGGCUACAGGGAGAGAUUACACCACUAUACUGUGCUCCCCCAAGACAUGACGGUGGAGUGGGCAAAGAGAGUGUACGCAAUGCAAAGCGAUAAUCAGUACAGGUCUGACCUAAACUGGAUGCGUGGUAUUGGAUGGAUGACCAGUGGUUCUCUGGAUGUUGAGCAGGCGAGGAGAGCUGGAGAAGCAAUCAGCGAGAAAAAGUAUCGUCAGCAUCCGCACACCUUGAAAUUUACAAGUGUUUCAGACACUCCUGAAAUGAUCCAAGCCAAGAUCAGUUACCACCAGGCCAUAGACAGACUAUACAGAGAAGAUGGAGAAAAUGUAAAACAUCAUUAUACCCUGACUAAGGAUCUGCCAGAACUUUUGCUGGCUAAAGCCAACGCUAGGAACAUCAGUGAGACGCGCUACAAGGAAUCUUGGACAAAGUUACGUGACACUGGAUAUAAACUACUUUUGGAUGCUAUUCCGUUACAAGCCGCCAAAGCAUCAAGAGAAAUAGUCAGCGACUACAAAUAUAAGGAGGCGUUUGAGAAAACAAAGGGACAUUUACUUGGAACACAAAAACUCGAGGAUGAUCUGAACAUAUCUCAUAGUGUCCAUGCGGCCAAACUGAACAGUGACCUGAAGUACAGGCAAGGUUUUGAAGAGACAAAGACUCAUUUCCAUCUACCUAUGGACAUGGUGACCUUGGUACAUGCUAAGAAGGCUCAAGCUUUAGCCAGCGACCAGGAUUACAAACAUCUAAUCCAUCAUUAUACCACUCUCCCCGAUGACAUGACAGUGCGGUGGGCAAAAAGAGCCUAUAAUCUACAAAGUGAGAACCUUUAUAGAUCGGACUUGAGUUUCAUGAGGGGAGUGCCGUGCAUCUCCACAGGGGCUUUGUCUAUCGAAGGAGCCAAAGGAGCAAGUGAGCUGAUCAGUGAGAAAAAAUAUCGGCAGCAUCCAUGCACACUGAAGUUCACUCAGGUGACCGAUUCCCCAGACCUCUUGCACGCGAAAUUCAGCAACUUGAUUGCUAACGAGCGCCUGUACAAGGCAGCAGGAGAAGAUGUCCAACACCACUACACUCCGGUCGUUGGUUCCCCCGAGAACAUACGGGCAAGAAUCAACGCAGCCAAUUUCAGUGAGGUUAAAUACAAGCAGUCGUGGCUCAACCAAAGAGCACUGGGCUAUAAACUGACUCUAGAAGCCAUUCCUUUCCAGAGCGCCAAAACCUCCAGGGACAUAGCAAGUGACUAUCAAUACAAACACGCUUUUGUGAAGGAGAAGGGAAAGCACAUUGGGGCCAGAAGUAUUCUGGACGACCCCAAGAUGCUGCACUGUCUCCAAGUGGCCAAGUUACAGAGUGAGAAGCGGUACAAGAAGGGAGCGCAGGAAAGCAGAAGUCAGUUCCACCUGCCCAUGGACAUGGUGAAUCUGGUCCAUGCCAGGAACGCACAGGCAUUGGCCAGUGACUUGGGUUACAAGAACAUGAUCCACACGUACACAAUGCUGCCUGAUGACCUGAAGAUGCAAUGGGCGAAGAAAGCCUAUAAACUGCAGAGUGAGACGCAAUACAAAUCUGACCUCAACUUUCUUCGAGGUGUGGCCUGGCUGUCUGAUGGCUCGCCACAGAUCGAGACAGUGAAGAGAGCUGGAGAACUCAUCAGUGAGAAAAAGUACAGGCAGCAUCCCGACACCCUGAAGUUUACGAGUGUGGUUGACUCUGCCAACAUGGUCCAUGCUAAGUCAAGCUACCUGCAGUGUAAUGAUAGGUUGUACAGAUCUGGAGAUGCAGAGUCCAUGUAUAGAUGCACAAUACCCCCCGACCACCCUGAUUUCAAACGAGCAAGAAUGAAUGCACAGAACAUCAGUGAGAAAGCUUACAGAACAUCUUGGGAGCAGACAAGAGCCCUGGGGUAUGACCUCAGGUUGGAUGCCAUACCCUUCCAGACAGCCAAAGCUUCAAGAGAAAUAGCCAGCGAUUACAAGUACAAGCAGGCCUUUGUGAGGGAGAAGGGUCAACAGAUUGGAUUCCGCAGUAUUGAGGACGAUACCAAAAUGAAGCACUUCCUGGCUGCUAGCAAGCUCCAGAGCAGCAAGGCAUACAAAAAACAGUUCGAAGAGGGCAAAACCAAAUACAAGUUGCACAUGGACCAGCCUGGCUUCACACAUGCUAAAAGAAGCCAGGAGCAAGCCAGUAACAUUAACUAUCGGCAGCACUUACACCAGUGGACGUGCGACUCUGAGCAGCUCAAUGUCAAGCAUGCCAAAGAGGCUUACAAACUCCAAAGUGAUGUUGCUUACAAAUCUGACCUUAACUGGAUUCGUGGCAUCGGCUGGACACCGCCAGGUUACCACAAGGUCGAAGUGGCCAAAUAUGCAGCUGAGAUGUCACAAGCAGAGGGUCUGGAUCCCCAGGAAGCAGCCAUUCAGUAUGAAAGGUUCAUGAGAGCUCAGGCUAACAGAGGCACAGACGAAUUGAAUGUGAUGCCAGAUGCUGCAGAAGUUCUUCACCUCAAGAGGAAAAAAAUGAAACUUGCUAAAAAGUAAAAAUUAUAUACAAUUCUUGCAUUUAGUGCUUUUAAAGUGGCGUGCUUCCUUUCCAGAAUCUCUGAUUGUUUGAUUCACGUUUUGUUUAGUCUCUUCAAACAUUAAUUUGUUUAAAUUCGGUGCUGGAUGUUAAACCUUAAACCUUAAACCUAGUCAUUUUUCUACUCGAUUAGCUAUAUCAAGUGAGCAAAAUUAUUAUUUCUGGUGUAAUUUUUUUUGCCCGUUGUAAAGAAAAAGUAUGCAAUGAAACCGAUUGAAGUGUUCCAUUUUUACACCUGCCUUAAUUUUUGCAGCAACGUAUGAGUGUACUGUGUAUCAAUAAGCCCAGAGUGGGCAAAGGGGAUAAGGAAUAGUGCAUCUAACUGUAUUUGUGGUCAAUCGUGUUGAAAAUAAAAGAUCUUUUCAUUACACUGGGA